AUGUAUCUAACAGUCCAUAAUACACCGUCAUUGCAAUACUAUCUCUCCAUGCUGCACAAUAACCAAACAGUCCUCCCCACCGAAAUCCUCCUCCUCAUAGCCCGCCUCCUCAACCCAUGGGACCUCAUAAACCUCGCAAUCGCCAUCCCAGGCCUCGACCACCAAUAUAAACCAAAAUACUGGCUUCCAAUCCGAGACACACACGGAAACACUCUCUUACACAUCUGCGCCGCGCACGGGCUAGACAAUUUCCUCAUCUCCCUGUUUGAAAAGAAAUUCGACCUGAAUGUAACAAAUCAGCACGGCUAUACUGCCCUCCACAGCGCCUGCCAGCAUGGCUAUGAGAGCUCUGCCAGGCUUUUACUGAAUGCAGCCACUAGUAGUAGUGGGCCAGAUCCCAACACGCCAACUAUUGGGGGUACGACUGCACUGCAUUUGGCAGUCAAGGCGGGAAACCUGCCGACUAUCCAGUUGUUGAUUGAUAGAGGGGCUGAUCUGUUCGCGUGCAGUUCGGGGGGUUAUACUGCGUUGCACUGGGCUGUGGAUUCUGGACACGAUCGUGUCGUUGACCUGUUGUUAUCUCGUGCUGAAGCUGUCCUCUCGGAGCAGGAUGAUUUGGGGAGGACGGCUUUGCAUUUGGCAGCCUGGCAGGGACGUGGAGAGAUUGUGCAGCGGCUGCUCGAGGCUGGUGCUGAUCCUGGAGUCCGGGAUCGCGAUGGUUAUACGCCAGCGGACCUUGCUGGUCAGUCGAGGCAGGGAGAUGUUGUUUGGGGAUUGCGGAAAUUGGAUAGUCCUCGUUUUGUUCAGUUCGUUUCCUCCAUUAUAUAUUCUGUUGUAUAUGGAAUUAUGAGGCGGGGUUGA